AUGGCCGACAAACGCGGUAGCUCUGCUGCGCCUGAGAUGAACGGCAGCCCCCAUGCUUCCGCCUUGAUCCCUUGCAUCCCUGACAACAUUCUCGAGUGCCAUCAGCGAUUGGAAUCUGGUAUCGCAGGCCCCUAUUUUGUGUCGCUCCCACUGGAACCGCAUCUUUUGGAGAGUAUCUGCCCACAGCUCGAUCAACUCUUCCGCCGCUAUGAUUACGACGCUGAUGCCGGCGUCAUGACCAUCAGAAUGCCAUCCAAGUUUCACGACGACUUUGCUACCGAGUUUGGACUCGUGGUUCAACAACUGAUCGAUGGCAUCCUGCUCACGGUACCCAAUGCGCCCAGAAUCACGAACCGCCAAAGCCGACUAGUGAAGCUCUGGGAGCACAACAAGGGCAAGCAAGGUCGAAGGUGUUUCCCUGAUGGACAGUUCAAAGACGAUCGUGCCGGCAAACCGGGUCUUAUUUUCGAAGUCGGCUAUUCUCAAACCGGAGAUAGCGUUGAGAAGGUUGCUAAAGAUUACAUCGUCGGGACGAAGGGUGCUGUCACUACUGUAGUCUGCUUCGACCUCAAGUACAACCAGGGUCAUUCAUUUGUGUCCAUCUGGCGAGCGAGAUAG